UCGCAUGCUGCGAGAUCGGAUAAUUAUUGGCGUACAAGACAAAAAGCUGCAGUUAAAACUCCUCGAUGGACGAGAUGACCUGCUGGCAAUCAUUGAGACCUGUAAGGUGUUUGAAGCUGCGUCGGAGAAUAAGCUGAUUCUGGAUCGCAAAGUGAGACCGCUAGAGGUAAAGUCAGUCGAGAAGCAGUUGGAUGAAGGAGGAAGGGAGGUAGCUGUCGUCAAUCGUAAACAGUGCUACAAUUGUAGAAAGCCAUUCAACCAAGCUCACCGUCGCAGCUGCCCGGCAGUUGGUGUGAAAUGUUUUACGUGUGGUGGUGCAGGCCAUUUCAGCAAGUGCUGCCGUCGUCGACUGGAAUCGGGUGAACAACAGAAGGAGGACAACGCAACAAAGCAGCCGUCGAAGAUGAGACAACAGAAUAAACAAAAAUCAGUGCUCGCGGUAAAUUGGAGUGACGCAGAUAACACUGAAUCAACAAUUUGACGCCACAAUGCACGGUUCGAGGCCGCAUCUCUCCAUCCUCGGAUACGCCCCACGCUCGCCAAGUCGUUUUGCACCUGGUCUGCCCAUCUCGCUCGCUGCGCUCCACGCCGUCUCGUACCUGCCGGAUCGGAAGCGAACACCAUCUUUGCAGGGUUGCUUUCCGGCAUUCUUGCAACAUGUCCUGCCCAUCGUAUCCUUCCG